CGCUAAGGAAAGACCAAAACAGCCUCACGGAAAUACGAGAUUUCGGGAAAUUAAUCUUCGCUUUCUUUCACUUAUCCAUCUUCAGAUCAGAUAGGUGGAGGAUGGCAGGUACAUCGCGACAUAAUCGAGAGAUGAUGAUCAAUGCCAAAAAGCAGCUGGCAGAGUGUUCAGACCCCAUUGAGCGUCUGCGGCUGCAGUGUUUGUCCCGAGGGUGUGCGGGCAUCAAGGGACUUGGCAGGACUUUCCGGAUCAUGGAUGAUGACAACAAUCGCACGCUGGAUUUGAAAGAGUUCAUGAAAGGCCUGAAUGACUAUGGUGUGCUCAUGGAGAAAGAAGAGGCCAUCAGUCUUUUUCAGCAGUUUGACAGAGACGGCAGUGGACAAAUUGACUUUGAUGAGUUUCUUAUUACACUGAGGCCACCCAUGUCUAAUGCUAGAAAGGAGGUGGUGUUACAGGCAUUCAAAAGUGGAUAAACUGGAGACGGUGUGAUUACAGUCGAGGAUCUGAAAGGAGUGUAUGAUGUUAGAAAACACCCCAAAUAUCUAAAUGGUGAGUGGACUGAAGACCAAAUAUUCCGCAAGUUCCUGGACAGUUUUGACUCUCCGGAUGACAAGGAUGGAAAGGUCACAAAAGAGGAGUUUAUGAACUACUACUCCGGCGUCAGCGCAUCCAUUGACACAGAUAUCUACUUUAUAUUAAUGAUGAGAAAUGCAUGGAAGCUUAACUAAGCUUCACUAUUUUAGGGUAAAAAAACAAAGAUGUCUUAUCUUCAUAUAAAGCAU